AUGGACUACAGAUUUUCAAUGGAGUCCUCAGAAACCCUAAGGAACAAGUGUGAAGGGUGUUAUAGGCAAUUCAACAAGAAAGAACACUUGGUGGAACACAUGAGGAUCUCUUAUCAUUCAGUUCAUGAGCCUACUUGUGGCGUUUGUAACAAACAUUGCCGAUCUUUUGACUCCCUCCGUGAACAUCUCAUUGGGCCAUUGCCGAAACAAGAAUGUAAGAACAUUUUCAGCAUCCGCGGCUGCAGAUUUUGUCUUACGAUCCUCGAAAGUCCCAACGCUCGUAGGAUCCAUCAAGAGAGAUGCCAGCUCUCAAACGUCAAUUGUGGACUAAAUACUCGUAUGGGUGCCUUAGGGCUACGAGACAAUCCUACAAUUGACAACACUUCUUCUAAGUCACCACGAGUGGUCACGCUCUCGUGCAAGAUGGUCGGAGGAGGAAGCGAUGGAUCGGUUGACCUAUGCGCGAGGGUGUGCAUAACGGAUGAGAGCGAAAACGUGAUAUUUCAUACGUACAUGAAACCAACGAAGCAUGUGACCAAUUACAGGUACGAGACCACAGGAAUACGGCCUGAGAAUCUGAAGGGUGCAAUGCCAUUGAAGCAAGCACAGAGAAAGAUUCAAGAGUUUCUUUGUAAUGGAGAACCAAUGUGGAAGAUUCGUCCAAGAAAUGGGAAAGCAAGGAUUCUCGUGGGACAUGGACUUGAUAGCCAGCUUGACUGUCUUCAACUUGAAUAUUCUUCGUCCAUGAUAAGAGAUACUGCGGAAUACCCUCCACUGAUGAAAACAAGCAAGCUUAGCAACUCUCUGAAGUACUUAACCCAAACCUAUCUCGGGUAUGAUAUUCAUGUGGGAAUACAAGAUCCUUAUGAGGAUUGCGUCGCAACGAUGAGAUUGUACACAAGAAUGAGGACUCAGAAACACAAGAUUGAGGCUUAUCCGCUGACCUCUGACACAGAGAACCACAACAACUAUGCGGCGUGGAGACAUCACGAGCUUGAGAGGAUGUCUCCUGAGGAGUUACUGGAACUCUCACGGUCAUACUAUUAUUGCUGGUGCUUGGACUCGGUUGCUUGA